AUGGGAGAUGCGCUGUGCGAUCAGCUCCUCGUCGACGUCGACGGCGAGUUCCAGCUCCCCACCGACGCUGAAGACCUAUUCAGCAUCCUCGAGACUUGGGAGGACUGCGUCAACGGCGCCGCUGCAGCGUUGAGCCCCACGGCCGGCGCCAGCAGCCGUGGUGGGCUGCUGGGCGGUUCUGCGCCGGGGAACAAAGGCAGCAAGCGGCGAGCGCGGCAGGACGAAUGUGACGGCAUAGCGCAGGCGCAGAAGAGGCAGAAGUGCUCGCCGGAGGAGGGAGGCGGCGCGGCGCCGAAGACGGCCCACAUCACGGUGGAGCGCAACCGCCGGAAGCAGAUGAACGAGCACCUGACCGUUCUGCGGUCGCUCAUGCCAUGCUUCUAUGUCAAGCGUGGUGACCAAGCAUCCAUCAUCGGAGGAGUGGUGGACUACAUCAAGGAGCUGCAGCAAGUGAAGCAGUCGCUGGAGGCCAAGAAGCAGCGCAAGGCCUACACCGAGCACGUCCUCAGCCCGCGGCCGCCGCCGUCGUCCUACAGCCCACGCCUCCCGCUCAGCCCGCUCCAUAAAUCCACGCCGCCGCUCAGCCCACUGCUCAGGUCCACUCCGCCGCUCAGCCCGCGCCUCGCCGUCCCGAUCAGCCCUGCCAGGACGCCGCCGACGCCAGGCAGUCCCUACAAGCUCCGGCCCCUGCCGCCGCCGAUCUCCGGCUCCACCUACGUGUCCCCGGCGAUGACGCCUACAGGCUACGAUGCGGCCUCCUCCUACCUCCCCUCGCUCGACGCCAUCGCCGCCGAGCUGUCGGUGUACGCCAACAGGCAGGCGCUACAGCUGCCCCCGACCGACCCACUCCCCGACGUGAGGGUGGAGUUCGCCGGCGCGAACCUGGUGCUGAAGACGGUGUCGCACCGCGCGCCGGGGCAGGCGGUGAAGAUCAUCGCCGCGCUCGAGUCACGGGCGCCGGCGCUGGAGAUCCUCCACGCCAAGAUAAGCACCAUCGACGACACCGACGUCAACGCCUUCACCGUCAAGAUUGGAAUCGAGUGCUCACUCAGCGCGGAGGAGCUGGUGCAAGAGAUUCAGCAAACGUUCUCGUAA